AUGAGAAUAUUGAUAACGAAUGUGCUGAUACUUGCUGCUAGCCUGGUUGUCAUCGCGGAUGGACCUAUGCGAUGCUAUCAGUGUAAUUCGCAGGAAGAUGCAAACUGUGAUUCCAGUGAUGCCAAUAAUCUAAAGCAAUAUAUCAAGUUGUGUCCAAUAUUGAAAGGAGGCACCUAUGAUGGUAAUAAACCCAUCGCAUGCCGUAAAAUUGUUCAAAAUGUGGAGGAAUUACCAACGCAAAUAAUCAGAGAAUGUGCUUAUACGGGUGAUAAGCAACUAGACGGAAUGCGUAAACAGGGCAGCAAAGCUGUCAAACUCUUCUACUACCAAUGCCAAAAUGUAGACGGAGAUACACCGUGCAACGGUACGCAACAAAUAACGACACGAUAUAUCUCCUUGUCUCUUCUCCUUUUAAUUAUAAUUGCUGUAGUACACACUAAAUAUUAG